GGCGGCAAGUGGCGCCUGAACAGGGACCUGACGAGAGGGACAUCUGAAUCUCGGUAGGUGAAUCCCCGGAGUUAAGAGUGUAAGUGUGGCCACAUAGUAAAAUUGAUAGUAACUCGGGGCAAUAGUCAGAAGUAAAAGAAUAUGGGACAAAAAGGAUCUAAGGAGCGACAAUUGUUCGCUCAAGAUUUACUUUCGAUGUUAAAGGCUCGCGGCACUACUGUGACCGCUUCUCAAAGUUCUGAUUUUCUACAACAAGUUUAUGAAGUCUCUCCUUGGUUUCCAGAAGGGGGCUCUAUGGAUGCCGCUAUAUGGAAGAGGGUUGGAGAGGAUCUAAAAAGGCAUUACGAUAAAAACGGACCGGGUGGGGUACCCGUUAUUACUAUACCUAACUUGUGUGAUAUUUCCCCUCCGGUCCCGACUGCUCCCCCCUUGAUGGCUAAAAUGGCUCCUGAGACCUCCUCUGAUGAGGACGUCUCUUUCGAUUUGGCUGAUGUGGAAGCUAAAUAUGAAGCUGAAAAAUACCCCGAUGAACAUAUUCUGGCUCAGGUGGAACAGUCUGUUAAAAAUUUAACUUUAUCUUUCCCUGCUCCUUUAAAACUGAGCCCCUUACAGCAGGCUGUUAGAGGGGCAUUAUCUAGGGGCGAGGAUCCUUUAUUUUGUUGCCCUGUGGUCGAACGGCCGGAUCCCCAGAAUCCCCAGCAAAAUCUUCGAGAGUAUCAGCCCUUAUCUUUUAAGAUACUUAAGGACUUGAAAUCUGCCUGUGCCCAGUACGGGCCCAUUGCACCAUUUACUGUAACUAUGCUUGACACCAUUGCUGCUGAAGCAUUGCCCCCUGCUGAUUGGAAGUCGAUAGCUCGUGCUUGUUUGAAUGGAGGGGAUUAUUUGCUGUGGAAGUCAGAUUAUUAUAAAAAGGCUGCCGAGCAGGCUGAUCGCAACGGGGCUCAUAAUUUGCCAGUUACUUAUAAAAUGUUAGUAGGUGAAGGACAAUAUCUUACAUUACAGGAUCAGUUAGCUUUUCCUUUUGUAGCCUAUGCCCAAAUUAAUCACAUUGCUCUUCUAGCCUGGAAAAAGCUUCCCGCUUCUAGUCGAACGGAAGAUCUUUCUAAGAUACGUCAGGGGGCUGAUGAACCUUAUGCUGAUUUUGUUGAUAGACUACUACAAGCUGUUAGUCGUAUUAUUGCUGAUGGCCCAUCUGGUACAAUUAUAGUGAAACAAUUAGCUUAUGAGAAUGCAAACAGUACUUGUCAAGCAGCUAUUCGUCCUUGGAAGAAAAAAGGAACUUUGGAAGACUACAUUAGAGUUUGUGCUGAUAUUGGCUCAUCAUAUUUACGGGGAGCUGCCAUUGCUGUCGCUCUCACUAAAGCUGGAUUUGGUCCCCAAACUAAAAAGGCGCAAACAUGCUUUAAAUGCGGCAAGCCAGGUCAUUUUGCCCGAGUAUGCCGCUAGGCUAUAUCAGAACCUGGAGCGGUGAAACCAGAAAAUAAUAAUAACCCAACUAAACCUAUGGGAAUUUGCCCUCGAUGUCAACGAGGCCGACAUUGGGCGAAGGAAUGUAGAUCCCAAACCCAUAGAGAUGGGACUCCUUUGUCGGGAAACUUCCUUCGGGGCCAGCCUCGGCCCCAACAAACAAUAGGGGCAAUGUCAGUAAUACCCCCUCAAUCGGUUCAGAAGAAUUCAAUGACGGGACCAACAAUAAAUUCCCCAUCUCUGCCUUACAGCGAGCUACAGCAGGGAGUGCCGGAUUGGAUCUCUGUGCCUCCUCCGACCUCUUAUUAACCCCUGAUAUGGGACCCCAAAUAAUAAAUACAGGAGUUUAUGGGCCCCUUCCUAAGGGAACAGCUGGCAUUAUACU